CUGCUCGCCAUUUUGGCCAUUCUGCAGGCUCAGCUCACUAUUGACCUUGUUUUUAUUGUGGUGCGUCGGCGGUGGCGGCUCAUCUGCCGGUAAACGGAUACAGAAUUCGCACAGAAAUGAGCCAGCCAACUGAAAGCCAUCUAGAGGUUGGCGAGGUGGAACACGAGGAGUUGGAGAAAGCAGCCAAUGAGAGUGAAAGUGCUUCCAAGGAAAACGAAACAGCCUCCAACUCUCCAGCUGAGCAGCUAGAAGCCGAUAGACCUCAAAAGGAAUGCGAAACGUUGGCCAAGGAAACCACCUCAACAACAACAGCCUCAAAUAUAGAAACUGAGAAGGAGAGCCCCAAUGCCAUAAGCUGCCGCACAGCAGGCGAUUCAUCGCCUGACCUGGUCGGCCAGAAGGAGGCCGCGCAGCAGGACUUUGCGGACUACGAACAGCAUGUGAGUUAUGCGGCCGAUGGUGGCGCCAUUUACACGGAUCCUAGCACAAAGCAAAAGUACAAAUGGUGUAACACGCAAAACAAUUGGCAGCCACUGUCCGCCGAUGAGGCGUCCAGUGCUGGCAAUUUGUAUGAGAACGAGCACUACAAGUGGUGCCAGGAGACGCAGCAAUGGCUGCCCAAGCAGUCCGGCACCACAGCCACCGAAACGGAGCACUACAAAUGGGACGCGGAGCAGCAGAAGUGGUUGCCUAAGAAGCAGCCACAGGCAGCGCCCGGUCAGGAUGUGGUCUAUGGCGUCGACGAGAACGGCGAUCGCACCUACACAGACAAGGAUGGUGCAGUCUUCUUCUGGGAUGCCAGCAAGUCGGCAUGGUUCCCAAAGAUCGAUGACGACUUCAUGGCGCGCUACCAGAUGAAUUAUGGUUUCAUAGACAACACCAGCGCCGGUGAGCGCGAGAAGGAGGAGCGCGAGGCAGCUGAGGCCAAGCGCAAGGCGGAGGAAUUGAAGCGCAUGACAGCCGAGGCACAGGCGGCCAUGAAUGCCCCUUUGGCUGGCAAAGAUGGUGUCCCAACGGCAGCUGUGGCCGGCAAGCGCAAGGCUCAGGAGCCGCCAAAAUGGUUUGACAUGGAUCCCACGCAAAACACCAAAGUCUACGUCUCCAAUUUGCCCUUGGAUAUUACCAUCGAUGAGUUCGCUGAGCUGAUGGGCAAAUGCGGCUUAGUCAUGCGUGAUCCGCAAACACAGAAAUACAAACUGAAAUUGUACACCGAAGCGGAUGGGCAAAUCAAAGGCGAUGGUUUAUGUGACUAUAUAAAGGUGGAGUCUGUUAAGUUGGCUUUAGAGAUUCUGGACGAUUACAAUCUGCGUGGCCAUAAGAUACACGUGCAGCGGGCGCAGUUUCAAAUGCGCGGGGAAUACAAUCCGGCACUGAAGCCCAAGCGCAAGAAGAAAGACAAGGAAAAGUUGCAGAAAAUCAAGGAAAAAUUGUUUGACUGGCGACCCGACAAGAUGCGUGGCGAGCGUUCGAAGAACGAGAAAACGGUCAUCAUUAAAAAUCUCUUCACGCCGGAGCUGUUUGAGAAGGAAGUGGAACUUAUCUUGGAAUAUCAAAAUAAUCUGCGUGAAGAGUGCGGCAAAUGCGGGAUGGUGCGCAAAGUUGUUAUCUAUGAUCGCCAUCCCGAGGGCAUAGCGCAGGUCAACAUGUCCACGCCAGAGGAAGCCGAUGUGGUCAUACAAAUGAUGCAGGGACGGUACUUUGGACAGCGACAGCUUAGCGCUGAUCACUGGGAUGGCAAGACUAAAUACAAAAUUGAUGAAUCGGCAACUGAGGCACAGGAGCGUCUAUCCAAAUGGGAUGACUAUUUGGCAGCUGAAGAUGCGACCAAGGAGGAGGCUGAAGAGGCGCCCAGCAGCAGCCCGCAGGCAGCACUUGAAACAGCUUAAGUUACCUAAUGUGUCGAAUGCUCUUAUGUUCAUUUGUACGUACCUGUGGUCCUUGCCACGUCGAUCGAUGACCUCCAAUACGA